AUGCAUCUAUCUAUAAAAGCUGUAGAUACACCAGAAGAAGGAGAGAAAACAACAAAAGCAACAACACCACUGCAACCGAGCUGCCUAUACACCCCAGAUAAAAACAAUCAAAGCCAACAUUUCAGGUGUACGUACACCCCAAAUACAGAAAACAACAAAAAACAUAAACGCGAAUUCUCCCCUAUAGAAACAAACUACGAUAGAGAAGAGUAUAUAUACACACACGAGGCGCAGCAGCAGCAGCAGCAGCAGCAGCAGCAGCAGGAGGAGCAAGAACUGCAACUGCAGCAGCAACAAGAACUGCAACUGCAGCAGCAACAACAGCAGGAGCAGCAGCAGCAGCAACAGCAGCAACAACAGCAGCAGCAGCAGCAGCAGGCGCCCCCCUUCCCCUACAACAGAAAAAAGAGGUAA